AUGCCCAGCCCCCGCCCCUCGACCACUCGCCGCCUCCUCGGCCUCACUCUCGCAGUUAGCGCUGCACUCGCUCUUCCCUCGGCAAUCGCCUCGCCCUUCCACCAGAAGCGCGCUCCUGUCUUGGAGCCAGGCGGCUACUACAACCCGACCUCGAACGGCGGCAAGUGGCUCACGCUUGCACGCAACGCCGACGGCAAGGGCGAGCCCUUGAACGCCGUCGUCGUCCUCGACGGCGGCGCCAACGACGACCUGUUCGACGACUGGUCCCUCUCGAUCAACUUUGGCUCGUACCUCCUCGACUCGCAGGGCGUCGGCAGCUACGUCGGCGAGUGCCUCGGUCAGAGUGACGGUGCGAGGCAGGCGGCCAACCUGGGCGACGGCCAGGGCAUGCGCAACCAGACGGACAUCUUGCGGGAGAACUUUGGAGACGUUACGUACGGAACGUGCCGCGAAUCCGCUGAGGGAGGGGAACACUUCAGGGUCUUCCCUCAGGUAGGUCCUGAAGCAGACUCGGGCGCCUACUUCCUUGCGGCCAGUAGCGAGGAGCCGCUGUCGCAAAACCAUAUGAUCGUUCCGAACGGCUACGACCUGGGCCGCGACGAGGUCGUUCGGCGCGCGACCGUGUCGGGCGGGACCAAGUCGCCCGUCACGAACCGCACGUUCGAGACGACGGCGACCAACGCGAGCGGGCCGGGCUACUUUGCCAACGUGUCGAUCGACGAGAUCAAUCACGGCAUCGCGACCGACGGCGUCGUCGCCGUGCUCAACGUCAAGGUGACGAGCGACCCGGUGGCUGCGAAGAGCACCUCGGCGGGCAUCCGCACCCUCGGCUCGCCCUCGCCGCUCCUCGUCGCCCAGUCGGCCUCGUUCGCCCUCUUCGCCCUCUUCGCCCUCGCCCUCCUCGCCUAGGCGACUCGCCCACUCUCGCCUCACCACUUUGUAGCUAUCUCGACGCCCCCACCCGCACCCGCAUGCGCACCUAGACGCUUUGACCUCCCUCACCCUCUCUUCUCCUCCCCUCGCCCCGGCUCGAAGCCGCCCUCGCCUUUGUCAUUACUCUCCCAUAGACGUCUCCCGCAACGACCGACUCUCUGCUCUCUGG